GUUCGUGUUCUUUUGUUGUCAAACGCCUAAGGCAACCGAAGUUCAAAAUGGUAUUUGCUGGUGGUGUGCUUGUGUUGACAGGAGUGUAUUGUGACAUUUUCGGUAGAAAUAAUUGAAAUAAUUAAAAUUAAAAUUCAGAGUUAUUCCGGCUUCUGCAAUUCGCCAUAUGAGUCAAGUGACAAAUGUAACGAUGGAAGUGGAACUCUGUCGUUAUCUGGGGUCAUCAUUCCUGCAGCUGGUCAACCUAACCAUCUUGGAAGCAAAAUUAAAAUAUUAUACAAUAUCAGUAAUGUUGGAGUGUUUUGUAAACUGUAUUAUUAAGACAGUGAAACAAUUAUAUAAUGAGACAUACGUAUAUAAUAUCGAACCAUAGACUCUAAAAAAUGUGACCUUGGACUGAAUUAUAAAGAUUUCGGUUGUUGAAAACGCCUCCAUAAUGCAUCCAAUCCGGCGUCGAAAAAAACGCCCGAAUUACGGAGUAAGGACUGUUGAAGUUAGUCGAGGGAAAAAUGGGUUUGGCUUUACAAUAUCCGGACAGCAGCCUUGUAUACUGAGUUGUAUUGUUGCUGGAAGUCCAGCUGAGAAGGCAGGUCUUCGACCUGGUGAUUAUUUGGUAGCUGUAAAUGGGCAGAGUGUGAGUAAAGUACCACAUGAUGAUGUAGUACGUUUAAUUGGGUGCUCUUCUGGUAUUCUUAAGUUACAAAUAGCCGAAAACUACUAUUCAGAUAGUUCAGAUGAAGAUGCCAUCAUCCCAGCCAGACCUAAGCCCAAAUAUAUGCACAAGCCACGAAAUGGAGGCCACAAUCAACGAACAACAGCUAGUUCACAGCAGAGCCGAGGUGCAAAGAUUGUCAGGGAUCUUCGAACUGGAGCCAUGUAUGAACAGCAGGUUGAGCCAUCUGCUAUGUUGCAGAGCCCAGGAAAAUCUGAUCCUCCCCUCUCACAGCAGUGGGAACCUCCAGUUCCAUUACCACUCCCACGUCCACGUUUUUACCCACAUCCACAGACAGAGGAAUCCUGUGAACAAGAUAGGGACAAGGUGGAAUUCAGGGCCCUAGUUGGGUACCUAGGAACAAUUGAGAUGCCUAAAAAGUUACAGCCAGGCUCUAGAUUACAAGUAGUUCGCAGUUGUAUCAAACGUCUACGCACAGAGAAACGUGCACACACUUUGGUGCUGAUGAGUAUACACACACACAGCCUUACAUUGACGAACUGUCACAAAGUGACUCUAGCAGAAUAUCCCAGUGACCGAGUGACAUUUUGUGGGACCAGUUCAGAUGAGGAACGACGGUUCUUUGGUAUAAUUACCACAGCAGUUAGAUCAGUGGAAGAUGAGAAUGAUGGUAGGGAGUUAGUCCAUUCAAGUUCUUGUCACGUGUUUGCAAUUGAAUUGCGAUUGCAUGGAAUUCAUGGGGAGCAUGCAGGAAAAGCAGAUGCUUUCAGCCUUCAUUGCACUGUAGAUGCUGCAACUGGGUUUUGUACUGAGUUCCCAAGCUCAUCAGAUCCUAUUAUAUCUGCCAUCAAAGUUCUGUGUAGUAGUCAGGAGACUGGGACAGCAGGAAAUCCUUACGUGGAAGAGCCAUUAGUUGCCAACUCUCCACAGCCUAGUAAUGCCAGCAGUAUAACUACAACAGCAUCCAGUAAUAGUGACUCAGGUAUUGGCUUUCGAGAUGACUGUGGCAACCAGUCUGAUCGUAUUCUUGUUGUAGAUGUUCAGAACCAGAGGUUGCACAUUCAACAGAUGGUAAACAGCAACUGUGAAGUACAGCAGGGUAACAUUAGUGGGGUAAACCAACCAAAAUCUUGUAUGUAUGGUCUCACAGGUUCAGCUAAUAGCAGAUUAGUGAAACGUCCUGAUGACAGAUUGACUGUGCGUGUGAUGCCUGAUCCAGUGAUGAAUCUCUCAGGUACCUUAGCUGUGAGCAGCCAUAGCAGAUCUCCACUCAGUAGUAGCUCCAGUGAAGGUGAGAACCAUGAACAAAAAUCAAAUCCUUGCAUUGAGAUAUACUCAGAGCAAGUGGAUGUGCCAGUUUACGACUUUUCCAGUUAUUGUGGAGAGACAGCACUGAGUAAGAACAUGGCCACUAGAUCUAAUGAUGACAUGAGUGUGAGUAGUGGAACCAAUAAGAGCCAAGACCAGCUGAAUUUGCAGUAUAAGCAUAAUAUGUACAAAAAUUUCAUGACCAACAAAACAGUUUCUCAGUGUUUUCAUACAAACAUCAAAGAAAAAUCUGUAAAUGAUGCAAAUUACAACUUUCCAAGAUUUCCUCUCAUUGUUAAAAGUGCCCGGUCAGUGGGUGCUAUGAAUAUUGGCAGUGUACAAUCCCAUGAUGCUGUUCUGUCAUGCAAGCUCAGUCCCAAAGUAUUUGGCACACCAUUGCGACCGAUGACACACAGCUUGGAGGACCUGAAGGUGACAGAAGUACCAAAUGAUGAAAAGGAUCCACUGGCAGCUAGUCUGAGCCUCUCCAGCCGGGGACAGCAUUGGGGAAGCCUCCAGGACCUACGCAGUUUUGUGGUCAACUGCUUUGAGGCUUCACCACCUCCUAAAGACAUGAAUCGUCCACAACUGAAAAAAUGGGGUGUCGCAACGUUUACCGCAACCAAGACAUUUGUUCGAGCCACAACUGGACCUAGAGCCGGCAAACGCAUCUCUCGGAAUCUUCAGCGGUCCUCAUCGGAUGAAGGCGUUUUCAGUAAGCAUGAAGGCCAUGAUCCAGGAGUGGAAUUGCUACAAGAGGAUGAACGCGAGCGAGGUGUUGCAAGUUGGGCUACAUCUUUUGAAAAACUUUUGGGAGAUCCAGCAGGACUACACACAUUUGCUGAGUUCUUGAAAAAGGAGUUCAGUCAUGAGAACAUCUACUUCUGGGUGGCAUGUGAGAAGUACCGAUCCCUCAGUAGUCCUACUGAGCGUACCAUUUCUGCAAGGGACAUUUUUGAACGGCACUUAUGCCUUGGUGCACUUGAACCUGUGAAUGUAGAUUCCCAUGCACGCCAGGCUACACAGGAUGGUCUGACAGAUGCAGCUUCAACAUUGUUUCUCCAGGCACAGAAGCAGAUAUUCAACUUAAUGAAAUUUGACAGCUAUCCUCGGUUCCUCAAGUCAGACCUGUACAAGGAAUGCCUUGUUCGGGAGUUAUCUGGACAGGAACUGCCCUUUCCUGGUGGAGAUAAUCUAGAUACAGGGCUGCAGUUGCAUGGCACUGGCAGUUACCCUAGUCACAGCAAGUUGAAGAAAAGUAGAAGUGAUGCAGAGGACCGUCAUCGAAAAUCAUUGCUACCAUGGCACAGAAAGAAUCGCUCCAAAUCGAAGGAUCGUGGGGAAUCAGAGUACAACAAGCUGAGGAUGCUUCAACAGAAACAUGACACAGAGGACACAGUGUCUGUUCGUAGUGAUGUCACCAGUAGUAGAUCUUCUCUUGCAUCAUGGGACCUUGCCUUGAGAGGAUCAUUCAGUAGGCAGUCUGUAACCUCAGGAGAAGGGGAGAGCUGCUGUACUCUGUGUCGUGUAAUCUUGCCUGAUGGUGCAACUACAGUUGUGCAGACACGAAGUAGCGAAUCUGUACGUGACCUAGUACUGCGGCUGCUAGACAAGCGAGGCCUUCAUUACUCUGCAUUCGAAGUGUUUGAUGGUACUAGUGUAAAGCCACUCUCCUUGGAUGAAGACUCCACGAUUCUGGCGGGCAAAGAAGUUCAUGUUGAGCAACGAGCUGUGUUCAGGCUUGACCUCCCUAACAGGAAGACAGUGGGUGUCAAGGCAAAAAUUGACAAAUCACUUGGUGAAAUUCUGCGACCCAUUCUGCAUAAAUAUGGCUACAAGCUGGAGCUUGUUACAUUAUGUUUAAUGAGUGAAAACGAAGUUGUGGAGAUUAGUGCACCUGUCAUAUCAGUAGACAGUCAGCGUCUACAGGUGCUUACAAGAAGUGCAGAAGCUUGGAAAAAUGAGGUGGCACAUACUGUGGCAUCACAGCAUAGAUUGAAGGUUGCAGGUCCAACAUUGGAUGAAAUCACAAAUCGGGUAUUUGAGGAGUUGUUGCAAGGGAAGGCUACUGAGACCACUCAUACAGCAUCAGAUCAAGGAUCUAUCAGGUCAGAAGAUUGGGGCUCAGAACAUUCUUCAGGAAUCUUUGGACGCUUCCUUAGGAGGGACUCAGCCCUUCUGGAUAAAGUAAGGGAAUCACGAGUCAAAGGCAAGAAAGCUUUUGGAAUCAGUAAACAUGUUGGAGAUGAAAGUGAGGCAAAAGUUGUACCCACCUCACAUCCAAAACCACCUCUUAUCACCAAAUGGAAAGUUGGUGUCAAGCUUCAAGGACGUUCUGAGAGUGAUGAACUGUAUGAAGGUCUGAAACGUGCACAGAGGAGCAGAUUAGAAGAUCAAAGAGGAACAGAAAUAAACUUUGAACUUCCAGACUUUUUGAAGGACAAGGAGAAUGCUCCUCAAACUGGUAAAAAGUUUCGAAAACUUAGAAGAGGUGAAGAAAAUACGUCCAAGGUCUGUGAGCCAUCAGAACUACACCCAGAGUCUCAGCAUGCAAGUAACAGUCAAGAGAGAUUGCCAGCAGGAACAAGUGGAACCAGAUGUGGUUACCAUACUGACAGGACUACACCAGGUGCUCUGGUAACUCGUUUAUUAGAUCAGAGUUUUGUAGCAGAAGGUGUGAUUCCCUCUCCUCACCAGGCUGAAGAGUACUUUUUAGGACACCGACCAGACCCAAACAAACUGGAUAAGACACAUCAUGGUGACAUUUCAGGAGCUGGAUCAUCACUUGAGAACACAUUAGUAGAACUUAAUCCACUGGAAGCAACCUUAACCUGUGUAGAUUCUAGAGAUGAGGUGAAUCAGGGUUUGAAUCGUUUGCACCAACAUAGUGAACCCCCACCUUUGCCCCCCAAACCUAAGCAUCUUCCUCUAAAAACAUCCAUGUGGGAAUCCAGCAGUAAUGCAUCGGGUUCUACCAACCCCUCUACCUUUAGAGCACCUGGAGACAGUGCCAACUCCAGGUUCCUAAGACCCACAGAAGUAAAAAGGGAUGUCAGAGUUUGUAGAAGCCGAAGAACUGUAUACCUUGAUCAACCCAGCAGCAGUUUUGUCUGAUUUAGCAUAUGCUUGUAGAUUUUCAAUAUGGCUAGUUUGAUACAUGGUAUCAUUUGACAUAAUUUACUUUGUAUUUGUUAUUAGAGGGGCACACAGUAGCAUUGUUGGUUGAGGCACUGUGCUACAAGCCGGAAGGUCGCAGGUUCAAGUCCUGAUGAGG